AUGUUCGACUGCAAGCCCCACUACAUCAACAUACUUCCCCAUUUCAAUGGGAGGUCUAAUGAUGAACCGUACACGCAUUUGGCGGAGUUUUCCUCCAUUUGUAACACUAUCGGGGGGCACAACUUUGCAUUGGAGGAGAUUAAACUUCGAUUAUUCCAGUUUUUGCUAAAAGACAAGGCGAAACAAUGGUUUCUAACACUUCCGGCGAAUAGUAUCCGGACAUGGGGUGAGAUGCAACAAGUUUUUCUUGAUGAGUAUUAUUCGAUGGCGAAGAUCGAUGACGCUAGAGAUGAAAUUAGGUCUUUCCGCCAACUAUCGAGUGAACCGUUGCAUGAGGCAUUCACAAGGUACAAGGAAUUGAUUCGAAAGUGCCCACACCAUCAAAUCGAAAAGUGGGAGUUGGUUAAAUGUUGUGUAAGAGGCUUAGAAAAUGAGACAUGGAAUCGCCUCGACUCAACGAGCAAUGGAACCUUAUUGAGCAAUCAUGAGGAUGAUGAUUGGGAGUUCCUCGAAAGAAUGAGUAAAAGGUCAAAAGCGAAAGAGUCGGCCGAUCGAGCCAAAAAGCACCCCACCUCAAGGUCUUGGCCCGAUCGUGAUGCGAAUUCCAAGGAUCGGAUCGAAACGUUAGAACGGGAGUUGGCUCGCAUGAAGAAAAGAGAAGUGAAUGCGGUGCAAUACGCCGUAUGUGAAGAAUGCAGAGACAUCGGUCACCGGACCGAGAAUUGUCAAGCCACCGUGGAGGUGAAUCAAGUGUAUGGGGACCGUAGGCAAUAUGAUAUGAACUCCAACACUUACCACCCCGGGUUGAGGAACCAUCCUAACUUUAGGUAUGGUAAUGCCUCCAACCAAAUGAACCCGAAUUUCCAAUCGGGAAUUCAAGGUGGGAAUUUGCACCAAACUCGCCAAAGAGGUUACAAUCAAGAUGGUCACGAGUCGACGAAUAAUCAAGGAGGUGGUGGUGAUUUGAGUGCCAAAAUGGAUGCAAUCCUUUCAAUGAUGCAAGAGUCUAAGAAAGAGAAUGAGAUUCGGGAUAAAUCACAUGAAGCAUUGGCAAAGCAAGUGGGCCAACUUGCGGAGGAAAUGGCUCAAAUGAGGGGAAGCAUGGGAAAGCUUCCAAGUGACACUACCGUGAACCCGAAGCAUCAAGGUUCUAGCACAAGCAACGUGAGGAAUGCACGCGUUAGCACGGUUCCGGCUCAUGUGGAAUGCUUGAAAGAGUUGAGCAUUGAAAAACGGUACAAUAAAUUACCCGAACCGAUUGAUUUGGUAUCACAUGUUAGUGCCGUUUUAUCGAGCGCCCUUCCUCCAAAAGCUCAAGAUCCGGGAGAUCCUCUUAUUCCAAUUCAAAUUGGAACCUUUGAAUUUGAGAAGGCGCUCCUCGAUCUUGGAGCUUGUGUGAGCAUUUUACCCGGGAGUUUGUAUGACCAAUACGAUUUUGGUCCAUUAAAAAAAUUUGAUACUCCCGUGGUAUUGGCCGAUCAGACUCCUACGCAUCCAAGGGGGAUGGUGGAGGAUGUGAUUGUUAAGGUGGAUGAUUGCUACUACCCAGUUGACUUUUUGGUAGUAGACUAUGUUGGGUGUGUUGAGGACACCCAACCGAUAGUUAUAUUUGGUAGACCGUUCUUGGCAACUACUAAUGCCAUAAUAAAUUGUGCAACGGGAAUGGUAAGCAUGAAGUUUGGGGACCGGGAAUUAAAUUUAAAUGUUUUUCCAAAUUUCACUAACCCGCUCUGUGAGAAUAAGUGUCCUGAAAAGGACAUGAAUCCAAACAAAAAGGUGUGUGCUAUGGUUGGUAGGUUUGGAGAAACAAAGAAGAAGACGGUCAAGAAAAAGAAGGUGAAGAAGUCAUCUCUAGAAAAGAAGAAGGAAGAGGAGGUGAAGAAGUUUGGACCGUUUGGAAAUAAAUGGUAUGAAUCACCGGUGGGUGAUUUCGAGGAGUUCGUUGGUGGAAAGCAAGCCAUUCGACCACCAUGA